AUGGAUAUGCGGCAGCGCUACCUCGAGUGCGAGAACGUGUUUGGAGCAGGCGAAAGCCCCGCGCUGUCUGCAUUCUUGGCGCUGUACAAGAGAGGAGGAGGGAAGAAAGUGAAGGUGCGCGGAAUCGACACUGAGGGACAGCCAGUGUCUCAUGUGUACAAGGUACACGAGCGGCAGCUAGACGGGCACGUGUACGGCAGCUCCUACAAGGAGUGCGAGAAGUUGUGCACCAAGUUCGCACAGCAGUGUGUGAACAGGCUCAACUUCCGGCUUGCAGACCUCAGGAGGCUAGCGCCGACGAAGCUAUUCAGCGCGAGCAAGUGGCCCAAGCCAUGGCAGCAGCGAGACCGGAAGACUGCCGGCGAGAAGGAGCUUCUCUCGUGGGCGCCUAUCAUGGAGGCGCACCAUGAAGAGGAGGGCUUCUACCAGGGCCUGUGCAACUUCAUGAACACAGCUGAGGCUACAAGACUGGCAGAGCUGAUGGCCAUCUCGCUGCUGGACUACGGGAUUGACUGGUCAGCAGCUCUUGCCAAAUGGCGAGAGAAGCCCAGGCGCCCUGCCAAGUCCCCUUUAUUCGCAUCUGCAGAGAGGAAGCGCAAAGGGAAGGCCAUUGACCAGGAGAACGCACACGAGAAGCAGGUGCACGGGCUUGACUGGGAGCAGUCUGAGUCCGAUGAGGAUGGUGAAGAGGAGGGUGACUAUGAUGCCGCGGACCACCCUUUUCUUUCAGACGAUGAGGGAGACGACACCAUUGAGAUGGCUGUGCUGGAGUCCGGAGUCCUGGAGUCCGGUCGGCGUUAA